AUGGAUGAGUACAUGUUUCACUCAUUUGUCGAGGAUAGCAUCGAGGUAGAAGAGAGUACGAGUUACCUUGAGAUUUUGAAUUAUUCGUCUGAUGCCCAGCAUCCCAAAACAUUUGACCCCCAAAUCAUCUCCUUACCCAAGGAUGUAUACAAGGACAUGGUGCAGGUCAUGAAGCUCCCGUACAAGGGAAUCGAGACGUCUGCCGUGGUAGGGCCAUUCUUCUGGAGUGUCAUGGACGGAGAUGACGACGGCAAGGGUCCCCAUCUGAAGAUCAUCCACCGCAAAUCCGAUGUGCGUAAGAAGGGCAAAACCCGCGGCUGGGAGAUGAUGCUCUCGCACUCGCUCAAGACGGGCCUGACGACCGGCUACAUCAAGGGCACGCCGAGCUCGAGCGUGGCCAAGGCGCUGCGGCAGGCCGUCGCCUGCGCCCACGAGGUCUCGCACCCCAUGUUCCUCCCCGUCCUGAUGCUGGGGUACGACCUGGGCACGACCAACGACCAGAAGCAGCGCGACGCGCGCGACUGGAUCCGCCGUCUCGAGAAUGCCGUCAGCAUGCGCGACGAGGUCCACGAGAGCGAGACGUACUUCCAGGACGGCUUCCUCGAGAUCGACGGCCUCAGCCGAGACCUGGUCGAGUGCCACGGCCACGUCAUGUGGCGCAGACCGCAGGCCUAUACCGCCGUGUGCGCCGAGAUGGACGUCGCCAUGGACGCCUUCUCUAGGACGAGGACGGCCAUGCUGUCCUCCUUCCCCCGGGAGGAGGAGGAGGAGGAAGAGGCGGCCAGGAACGCCGCCGUCUCCAGGAUUCACCACUCCCUCUCGUCCCGCAUCAGAUUCUACAAGGUCAAGCUCAAGGGCCUGGAGAGUUAUAUCCAUACUACCCUUGCGCGUCUCAAGGUCCAACGGGAAGCUCUCUACAACAUCAUGUCCCAGCGCGAGGCGAGGCUCAACCUCGAAAUCGCCAGGGAACAGCGCCGCAUCGCCCACUCGAGCAAGAGGGACAGUACCGCCAUGAAGACGCUGUCUCUCUUGGGAGCAGUCUUCUUACCGGGAACAUAUCUCGCCUCCUUUUUCGACAUGCCAUUCUUCAACUUUGAACAGCGCGCAAACCCCGUCUCAACAGAGCUGUGGGUCUACUUCGUCGUCACCAUCCCCGUAACGGCCCUCAUCAUCGUCGCUUGGCUCAUCUACGAGCGUCGUCGUGAGGCUCAGCACCGCCGGGACGACAUAGAUCUGGAGCGGAGUAUCGACAAGCUUGAGAAGGACAUUAUGCUGCAUAUGCGUACCAAGACUAUGAGCAAGGCGCACACGUGGAAUACCGCGACGCAACCGCCGCCAGCUUGA